AUGCGAGGUGAGUUGACUAUUAAAGACUACCCUAACUUAGAAUUAUUAAGCGUUGGGCAUGGUCACAUAACUAAACUAGAAAUCAUUAAUUGCCCAAAACUAACUCAAUUAGGCUGUGAACAUAAUGAAUUAACCAAUUUAGACCUCAGCAAACUCAGCCAAUCAACUUUGAUAAUUGCUAAUGAUAAUCAACUAGAAAAUAUUAAAUUGCCCAUUACUUCUGAGAAGUUAGUUCAUUUAAAUAUUGUCAACAAUAAUUUUCCAAAGCAAGAUUUAACAGUUUUUAGCCGUUUUAUUAAUUUGGAAAAGUUAUGGAUUGGUAACAAUGAAGAUGGAAAAAUCCAAUACGGUAUUCGUAAUCGUUUUACUGGUUCCUUAGAGCCUUUAAAAGAUAUGGAUAAAUUGAAAGUACUAGACAUUUCUAAUACCGAUAUUGAUUCAGAAAAAGAGUUGAAAAAGUUCGGUGAACCCAUAAAUACUAAUUAUUCUCAUCUUCUUCUGGGAAGUUCAAGCUUCCAGAGUAAGGAAACGAAGCAGUUUAAAACAAAGCAAGAACUAGAAGAAAUCAUUAAGAAUAAAAGGUUAGAAAUUAGUGAAUUAGAACAACAAUUAAAUAAUUUACAAGUUCAAGAAGCUUACGUCCAAGUUCCUCCUAAAAACAACUAA